CUAUUCGUGUUGAGUAACCUUUAAGCGACCAAUCAAUAUCUUUGGGACGCCAUUUAAAAAAGAGCAAUCAUGAACUUGUUUAAUAAAACAUAACAUUUGAAAUGGAUAAAAAUCGAAGGAAAGGUGCCGGACAGGUUGAGACCCUUGGAGGGAAUCACACAAGGGAAGCCCUUCAGGGUCUUCUAAGGCGUGGUCUCGCAACUAUAACCACAGUCAAAAUGAAUAUUUAUUCAGCCCUGUCAACAUGCACAGCCUUGACGGUGGGUUGGCAGCACAAUGUUUGCUUGCAGGAGAAGCAAAAGCCUCUAAGCUUCAUUGACAAGGUGAGGCUUAUGAGACAAGUUCGCCCAUCAAUGCACAUGUCACCAACGGAUAUGAAGGCUUGGAAAGAAACUCUGUCUUCCAUCUUUCAUGUGAAGGACAUCAGAAGAUUCCAGAAUUCGUAUGGACUGCAUAUUAAGAUGGCUCGGCUUGAACAGAGAGUUUGGGCCAUUGUGGAGGAAGUUUCGGGUGAUUCAGUGAAGAUCACUGAAAAAUUCUUCAGACCACUCUUGAAAAUUCAAUCAACCGAGGAUAUUGAGUCGUGUCUGAACAUUCUGCGAAGCAAAGGAUUAGCUGAAUAUAACAACAAAAUAAAGGAAUUUUUGGGAUCCAGACCACUUACAAAAAAAAGAAAGCAAACUGACCUGGAAGAUGAUGCCAAUGAGGAAUGUUCAAACACUUCUGAGGGACUCCUUGAGAAGUACAGCAAGGUAGUUGAUGAGCUUCAAAUGAUGAAGGACAAAUGUUCCAAACUGGAAACGGAAAACUCAGAAUUGAGGCGUCAACUGACAGAGCGUAAGUGCAUAUAUUUCUAAUAAUAUUCUUGAACACUUAAUGAAUGGAUCUUUUUUAUAAAUGAUAACUAUUUCUUGACUUACAGAGUUUAGAAUAAUUCACAAAAACUGGUUUAAGACCACUUUGAGUGAACACACAUCUUCUUAUGCCAACCCCAUUAAUUUGCCUAAUAUUUCAAUGUUUUUAAACCUGAAUAUGCAGUUUUAGUUAUUAGGCAUAGACACAAAUGUCCAGGCUUCAAGUACCAAAUAACCUCAUAAAGACCCUGUUUGAGACACCAGUGACAGUUGAUCAGAUAUAAGUUGACAUACAUUGACACUUGAUCAAAAGUGAGUUAUCCUGAUUUAUAUGUAAUAAAUAUUUUUAUGCACCCCUUCGGAGAAGAGGGGGAAUAUUGUUUUGCACAUGUCAGUCGGUCUGUUUGUUGGUCGGUUUGUCGGUCCAUCUGGCAGAGGACCCCUAUUGUUUUCAGGUCACUAGGUCAAGGUCACAGUGGUUCGGGAUGAUAACUCAAGAAUGCUUAGGCCUUGAUCAUGAAACUUCAUUGGUACAUUGAUCAUGACUGGCAGAUGACCGGUAUUGAUUUUAAGGUCACUAGGUCAAAGUUAAAGGUCACAAUGGCCUGGCUGCCACUACAAUGAACUGCCCAUUUGGAGAGCAUGCGUGUUUUACAAACAGCACUUGUUUU